AUAAAUCUAAAGAAACAAACCUUCUUAUAUGAAAUUAUAGUUUCUUUUGUUUUUAUUUUCAAAGGAUUUUAAUAUUUUUUGUAAAUAAUUAUUUCUUUUUAAAAAAAUCUUUCAAAUUUUUAAAUUAAAAAAAUGGCCGGUCCUCCUCUUGAACAAGGAGUUGGUUGGGGAAUCGUUUUGGGAUUUGGUGCAUUCUUUGCGAUUGUAAUGUCUCUCUUAACGUUGGCUCAAAAACGUUAUCUUCAAGAACAUCAAACUUCUGAAAUGUUUAUGACAGCUCAUCGUUCUGUAAAAACUGGUCUUGUAGCAUCUGCUGUGGUCUCUUCUUGGACUUGGGCCGCUACACUUUUACAAUCUUCAUCUGUUGCAUAUAAAUAUGGUGUAUCUGGACCUUUCUGGUAUGCAUCUGGUGCAACCAUUCAGGUUUUACUUUUUGCUAUUCUUGCUGUCGAAGUUAAACGAAAGGCUCCAAAUGCACAUACUUUCCUUGAAAUUGUUAAUGCUCGUUAUGGAAAAGCAACUCAUAUUAUAUUUUUAAUUUUUGGUAUGCUCACCAACGUUAUUGUAACUGCUAUGUUGUUACUCGGUGGUUCAGCUGUCGUGAAUGCACUUACCGGUGUUAAUACUAUUGCUUGUUGUUUCUUACUUCCUCUUGGUGUAUUGGUUUAUACAUUAUUUGGUGGUCUAAAAGCAACAUUCUUGACAGAUUACGUUCAUACCAGUGUCAUUUAUAUUAUCAUUCUUUCAUUCUUAUUCACCGUUUACGCUUCAUCUGAUGUUAUCGGAUCUCCAGGAAAAAUGUAUGAUUUGUUGCUUGAUGCUUCAAUAAAAAAUCCCGUAGUAGAUAAUGAACAAGGUUCAUAUGUAACAAUGGCAUCUUUACAAGGAAUAAUUUUUGGUAUUAUCAACAUUGUUGGUAAUUUUGGAACCGUAUUUGUGGAUAAUGCUUACUGGCAACGUGCUAUUGCUGCUCGUCCUUCUUCUACUGUAAAGGCUUAUUUAAUUGGUGGUUUAUCAUGGUUUUCAAUUCCAUUUACCUUGGCUACAACUAUGGGUAUUGCUGGUGUCGCUCUUGUUGGUGCUGGUAAAAUGGAUCCUCCUACAGAUCAUGAGGUUUCUGCUGGUUUGGUACUUCCAUUGGCUGCUACUGCUCUAUUAGGUAAAGCAGGUGCUUUUGCUGUUAUGGUCUUGGUUUUCAUGGCUGUCACAUCUGCUGCUUCAGCUGAACUUAUUGCUGUAUCAUCAAUUUAUACUUAUGAUAUCUAUCGUACAUAUAUUCACUCUGGUGCUCUUGGAAAACAAGUUAUUCGUCAAUCACAUGCAUCUGUUAUUUUCUUUGGUCUAUUAAUGGGUGCUUUAGCUACUAUACUUAAUUACAUUGGUGUUGAUUUAGGAUAUAUGUAUUUGCUUAUGGGAAUUAUUUCAUCACCUGCCGUUAUUCCUGUUGCAUAUACUCUCGUAUGGAAAAAACAAACUGCCGUUGCAGCUGUUGCUGGUGCUUUAUUAGGUCUUAUUUGUGGUAUCAUAGCAUGGCUUGUUGCUGCACAAAAAUUAUUUGGUGAAAUUACACUUAAAUCAACUGGUGAUAAUUAUCCUAUGUUGGCCGGAAAUCUUUCAUCUUUGAUCAUUUCAGGAUUAGUAGCAACAAUAGUAUCAUUGAUUAAACCAGCAAAUUUUAAUUUCGAUAUAACACGACAAAAAUUAGAGAUUUUAACAGAUGAUGAAGUAGUUGAAAAUGCCAUUCAUGAAGAUCCAAUGGAAAAAGAUCCUGUUAGAUUGACAAAAGCUUUCAACUUUGCUAUCAUUAGUUCUGUCGCAUUAACGAUCAUAUUAAUUAUAAUUUGGCCAUUACCAAUGUAUGGUACAAGAUAUGUAUUCUCAAGACCAUUCUUCACAUUUUGGGUUGCUAUUUCUAUGAUUUGGGCAAUUAUUGCUACAAUUGCAUGUACAAUUUAUCCAGUUGUUGAAUCUCGAAGAAGUAUUACUACUGUAAUUGUUGGAAUGAUAAGAGAUAUUCGAGGACAAAGAAUUACUCACGAAAAGAAAACUGAUGGUAUUGAUAAAAGUCCAUCAGAAAUAAUUGAAGAUAAAGCAUAAAAAGAAAAAUUAAAUAAUUAAAUAAAAUAAAAUAAAAUAAAAUAAAAUAAAAUGUACAAAGUAUUUUAUAAGAUAGUAGUAAUUCCUGAUAACUUUAUUUAUAAUAAUGAAUUUUUUUUAUAAUCAAACCCCC